UAAACUCCAUCAUUACAUAGUAUCUGCUAUCUCACACCAAACUUCUGAUCCACCAGCAAACCAUUUUGCUUCAUCUAAAAUUCUUGCAGUUCUCUUGUCUUCAUCACCAGAAAGAUAGACACGUCCAUCACUUGAUCUCUACGCCUUACAGUCACCCAGCCCCCUUUCUUUAACUCAAACUGAAAGUAGCUAUAAUUCCACAUUCAGACACCCCAAUUUAGAAACUCAAGAAUUCUUGCUUGCUUUUCCUUGUCUGAAGAACAUCAGUUGAACACACGAGAGUUCAAGUUCACAGGAAGGAAAGAUGAGGCCUAAAACACACAACUCUUUCAACCUCAAACUUUUCUUGAUGAUUGUCAUUCUAGCUUUCUUCAUUCUCUUCAUUCUAAGAUCAACCUUGUCUUCUUCAGACCAAACCAGCCCUCCAUCUCCUGCAUUUAUUCCUCGAUCCAAAUCCUUCCCAAGAACCGCGAAAAACAGCACCUGCCCACCAACUUGCAACAAAAUCCCAUCAUCCCUAGCCCAAGCCCUGAUCCACUACUCGACCUCAACCAUCACACCCCAACAAACACUCAAAGAAAUCUCAGUGACAUCAAGAAUCCUGGACAAGAAGUCCCCAUGCAACUUCCUCAUAUUUGGGCUCGGACACGACAGCCUCAUGUGGCACUCCCUCAACCACGGGGGCCGGACGAUCUUCCUUGAGGAAGAUGAGGCGUGGAUCGAGCAGAUCAAGAGGAGGUUCCCCAUGUUAGAGUCAUACCAUGUAACCUAUGACAGCAAAGUCAAUCAGGCAAGUGAUCUGAUGCAAGUAGGCAAAGGGCCUGAAUGCACAGCCAUUUCUGAUCCACAAUACUCAAUGUGCCAGCUUGCUUUAAAGGGCUUGCCUAGUGAAGUCUAUGACAUGGAAUGGGACUUGAUCAUGGUCGACGCACCGACCGGCUACUACGAGGAGGCGCCGGGGCGGAUGUCCGCCAUCUACACUGCCGGUAUGAUGGCCAGGAACCGGCAGGAGGGCGGCGGGAAAACUCAUGUGUUUGUGCAUGAUGUGAAUAGGGAGGUGGAGGAUAAGUUCUCAAGGGAGUUUCUUUGUGAGGGGUACAUGAAGAAGCAAGAGGGGAGGUUGAGGCACUUUGUUAUACCAAGUCACAGGGAUGAUUUGAACAAGCCAUUUUGCCCAUUGUUAGGAAACAAAACUUGAUUCUUGUCUUCUAUACCUUACCUUUCUCUUCUUAAUUUUUUGGUUUUUAGUAACAUUUUUUUGGUUAAGGUGCUGAUCAUUGUGUACAAGAAUUGAUGUUGAGAAAGAGGGCUGGAUUUUUUAAAUAAGAUGAGGUGUUUGAGAUUAACAAGAAAUAUAUAUAUAUAUAUAUGU